AACGGCAUUCGCGCGCACGGUGUAUGUGCUGUCGGCUGAUGAGUGUGUGUGGUCGCGCGGUGCGUGCUUAACGCACCUUAUUCUCAUGCUUCGGAUAAAUGAAAAUGAAAAAACAAUGUGCUGUAACUACUGUAAAGACAACUAAAGGAAUGAUAAGGACCACGUUUUUAAAGAGACUUAAAAUGAGAAACAUGUUUUCAAACCCGAUGGGUAAGCAACAGCUCACCGUUGAGACGUGAUGGCAGUAAACUUUUUUAAGCGUCUGCGCCGGCCGGGACGCGAGAACAGCAGGUACAUUCGUUUUGGAGUAAAACUCUCAGAAUUUAAACCGAAAUUUGCAGUAUUUCCUGUAAAAUUUAAUCUACGCUUGUGUACGCGUGUUAAGGUGCGUGCGUGACUGAGCGUGUGUAGGUUAGAGACUUGUGUUUAUUUUGAAAGGAGAGUAUGGAUUAUGAGGAACCUGAAUCACCUGAUCCCACAGCAGUCAUCAAAAGAGAAGGCCACCUGUCCAAGAAGACUCAUUUGACUGACAUUGAAGUGAUCCCGUGUAAGAUCUGUGGAGAUAAGUCUUCAGGAGUUCACUAUGGAGUCAUCACAUGUGAAGGCUGCAAGGGGUUCUUCCGGCGGAGCCAGCUUCCCACAGUAUCCUACUCCUGCUCCAGACAGAGUAACUGUCCCAUCGACCGUGCCAGCCGGAACCGCUGCCAGCACUGCCGCCUGCAGAAAUGUCUGGCGCAGGGCAUGAGCCGGGAUGCCGUGAAGUUCGGCCGCAUGUCCAAACGGCAGCGAGACUCUCUGAACGCUGAGGUGGAGCGACACAAACAGCUGCAGCGUCUCCAGGGGGAGGCCCAGACUUCCCUGGCCUACCCCAGCAAGGCCCACAGGGACCAGUAUUCUCCACUACACCCGCCCAUGGCCCUGGCCUACCAUAGCACUGGGGAGGGAGAAGUGCUACCCUUCCCUACUGAAGUGCACCCGUACCUGGUGUGCUCCUCAGGGUUUAACUCCAGGCAGGCCUCACCUGAUCAGUCAGGACUCAUGCCCAGACUGGAGAUGGGGAUUCGAAACUUUGACCUACGUGACGAUCCUUUUGUCUCCUAUCCUACUUCUCUGCAACAAAUAGAGGAGCUGUGUGGAAGCAUCGUCCGCUCCCAUCGAGAGACCAGCCAGUACAGGGUGGAGGAGCUGCAGGGGCUGAGAUGGAAGGUGUUCAGCAGAGAGGAGAUCCAUGCCUACCAGAGCAAGUCAAUGGAUGAAAUGUGGCAGUAUUGUGCUAUCCGGCUAACUGAUGCUGUUCAGCACGUGGUGGAGUUUGCCAAGCGGAUCCCCGGGUUCCAGACGCUGGGGCAGAAUGACCAGAUCACCCUUCUAAAGAACGGUUCAAUGGAGGUGGUGUUAGUCAGGAUGAGCCGUCUGUUCAACACAGAGAACAGCACCGUCUUUUUUGACAGGAAAUUUGCAGGGAGUGAACUCUUCAAGUCUCUUGCCUGUGGGGAUCUGAUCAAGGCCGUGUUUGACUUCGCUCACAGCACAUGUGCUCUGAGGCUCACAGAGAACCAGAUCGCUCUCUUCAGUGCAUUGGUGCUCAUCAACCCAGAGCGUCCCUGCCUGGAGGACAGACCCAGGGUGGAGAGGGUGCGGAGAGACGUGGAGGUGGGCCUCCGCCACAUCCUACACCGAGACAACCAGGGCAGCCUGCUGCCUAAGUUGAACCAGAAGGUGGAGCGUCUGCGAGCCCUGUGCAGUCUACAUGUGGAGAAGUUGCACUGGUUCAGCCAGUGCUACCCGCUCACGGUGCACUCUCUCUUCCCUCCUCUCUACAGGGAGCUGUUUGCCUCUGACGCAGACAUCCUCCCUGUAACGACCCACUGAUCUGUUGCAUGUGCUAGCAUGCUACCUACUUACAAGCGCACACACACAGACGUACACUGGAACACACACACACACAUUCUACACCCACACAAAAUGUACUCUCACAGUGUUGAUGACAAAUGUUGUAAUUAAGUCUUUACUCAGCUUUACUUGCUAAAUAAGUAUAUUUUUGUAAUUCUGAAACAGAUCUAGUGUAAAGAUCUAGUUCUCGCUUUCAUGCAGAAGUUAUUUUAUAGAUAAUCCUACUCGAAAAUCCAGGUAUUUCAUUACUUUUAUAGUCCUUUUCAUGUUCCUGUUAAAUUUGCCUGAAAACGCCUAAACAGCAUACCCAAAGUAAAUUGGAAGCUGUUCUUGAACCAUUUGGAGUACAUGCAUGUAAAUGAUCUCUUUUGAAAGCUGACACUCUGAAGUUAUGUCCCCUG